GGGGGAGCUUGGGGAGAAGGGAAAGAGGGUGUUUCCCGUCCUUCUUCCCUUCCUGUUCCUUGCCACGUCUUGAUGAAAUGAAAAGGGAAAAUUCAUUUCUUGGUCCACAAACCUCCAUGAGUAAAGACGGGUUCAGGGCGGCAUAAGAGCAGGAGGUAAGAUCUCACCCGGCAGCUGUGGGGAGAACAGACAGAGGCUGCCCGCCUGUGGCUUUGGGUGUGUGGAGGAUUUGCCUGCGCUGCUCCGGGGUUCUUGGCAGCAUUAAGCAUAAUCACAGAACAGUUGUUGCCUGUAAAUGUAACCCCGUGGUAAUCCACACUUUUAACAAUCAUGAAGUUAAAUGCAAAUCCAUAGUUAGGACUUCUCAGACUUACAGUCUUCUUGGACCGAAGACUCAAAAAACCUUUACUGCAGUAAAGAGUAAAAACAAUGCAGUUGGCCGUGGACAUUGGCAAAGCAUAAGCUCCAGUCUCUGUGACUCUCCCGUUUUCUCAACACCAUGACGUUGUUCAUGUAGAUAUCACACGAGCGUCUGUCUCCCCCACCGUAAGCGCACACGAGCGUCUGUCUCCCCCACCAUAAGCACCAUAAAGGCAAGGACCAAGUCUGUUUCCUCUCACCGCUCUGACCUGAGCACUAUGCCAGGCAUCUGGUCAGCACAUGUAUUUGGAUGAAUGGGAUAAAUGCAUUUUCCCGCAAUAAAGUACAACUGGAAAACUUGUAAAUUCUCUCAGACAUUGAUAAUUCUAUUUUUUAAUGUUUAUUUUUGAGAGAGAGAGAGGCAGCAAGUAGGGGAUGGGCAAAGAGAGAGGGAGACACAGAAUCCGAAGCAGGCUCCAGGCUGUGAGCUGUCAGCACAGAGCCCGACACGGGGCUCGAACUCACAAACUGCAGGAUCAUGACCUGAGCCAAAGUCGGACGUUUAACUGAGCCCCCCAGGCACCCCAGUAAUUCUGUUAACACUGGGCUGAGGCCAUGUAUAAAACUCAAAUGCUACCAUUAAAGUAAACUGUCAGUGUAACCACCAUUCGGCCUCCCAGCUUACAGUCCACAACCCUGCAACAUAUUCUCACGAUUUCCUUCCUGAAUCUUCCUCAGUAUUUCUAAACACAGAUCUAAUGCUGUGACAGUGACACGAAAGCCUCACUGCCCCUCAGUUUUCCAUAGGAUAGAGUCUAAACAUCUCAGCCUGGAGUUCAAGGCUGUUUUCUGUUCCCACCUUACCUCUUCCCACACGUUUUCUGCCCACACCCUGUAAUCUGUAGUCCAGCCACCAGCACCCACACCGGUCCCUACAUCUUCUGUGCCCUGUAACCUUAGAGAGCUUUGGUCCUGUUGGGUCUCCUCCCGUCGCCCUCUCUUUGCCUGACAAAUUCCUGUUUGUUAUUUUAGGCCUAAUUCAAAUGCAUUUGCCCCUAAGCCACAUGUUUUCACUGCUCCGUACCCAGUCAGAAUGAUCUUUUCCUACUCUUUGCUUUCUGGAUUAUUUGGUUAAAUCCUCUGUUAUAGCACUCAUCACUUGAUUUUUUUUUCACAUUUAUUUAUUUUUGAGAGACAGAGACAGAGCGAGAGCAGGGGAGGGGCAGAGAGGGAGGGAAUCACAGAAUCAGAAGCAGGUUCCAGGCUCUGAGCUGUCAGCACAGAGCCUGAUGCGGGGCUCGAACCCACGAGUCGUGAGAUUGUGACCUGAGCCGAAGUUGGACGCUCACCCGACUGAGCCACCCCGGCGCCCCCAUCAUUUGAUUUUACAGCUAGUCUUGUGUGUCCUGUUCUUUACCUGAGGCUACUGUGUAUUGACUGUCUAGCAGGUUUUUAAAUCACUAUUUAUUUUUGUUUGUUUUCUCGCAAUAAGAAUUUCAAGUGAUACAAAAAUCAGGAAAAGUAGAGAGUAUUCUGUGUAAAGUAGAUUUCCCUUGUUCUUGUUCUGCACCUGCCUGGUUCCCUCCCCAGUGGCCAAGGCCGUGUCUCAGUUUUUCGUGGCCAUAAUAACAUGGUGUAACAACCGUAAAACUUGGCGGCCUGCAGCGAUACACAUUUAUUUAGCACAAGAAUCUGUGGGGUGCAGCUGAUUGGGCAGGGCUUACCCGCGUAUCUGCAGCGAGCUGGGGGGCCGCCGAGCGGCUCGGCAGACGCGUCCAGGCUCACACGUCUCGGGGCCAGCUGCCUGGCAGCUGAGCCGGGAGUGUCCGUGUGCCUCUGUCAUGGGGGGGGGGGGGGGCAGUGGGUCCUCCUCCUCACGGUCGUGGAGAGCAAGCCCGGGGGCUGUGUCACACAAGUUCUUCCCAAACCUUUGUUUGUGUCACAUUUGCUGAUGGCACAGUGGCCAGGUCCGGUCACGUGGUUGAGCACAGACUCCCAGUGGGAAGGCGCUGGAAAGAGUGAGGAGGCCGGGCGGUUAUGUGCCACAUGCUUUUCUCCAGAUUCUGGACAAAGGUGUGUGCUCUUCAAGAAGAGCAGGCCAGGGAGCCUUGAAUCCGCUUCCCUUGCCCGGGCUGCGGCGAGCCUUCUGAGCGGGAUGGCUUCGGCGGAGGAGCAGCCCGGACUUAGAGCCGUGAAGGUGGAGGAGGACCGUGUCUGGGACCAGGAGACCUUCCUUCGAGAGAGCGGCAUUUCUACUCAGGAGGCCUCCCGCCAACUUUUCAGGCACUUUUGUUACCAAGAGUCCCCCGGGCCCCGCGAGGCGCUGCGCCGGCUCCGCGAGCUGUGCCGCCAGUGGCUGCGGCCCGAGACGCACAGCAAGGAGCAGAUCCUGGAGCUGCUGGUGCUGGAGCAGUUCCUGACCGUCCUGCCCGCCGAGCUCCAGGCUCGGGUGCGGGAGCACCAUCCGGAGAGCGGGGACGAGGUGGUGACGGCGCUGGAGGGUCUGGAGAGGGAGUUCAGUGAGCCUGAAAACCAGGCUCCAGACGAUGCCCCUGGCCAUUCAGAAGUGCUGUCAGAGGAUGGGGUGCAUGUGAAGGCCAAGCAGGAAUCAAGAACCAUCCAGCUUCAGGCCACGGUGACACAGCUCCAAUGUGAAUCUCUUGGUCCCCACAAAUUUGGGGAACAAGGUGCCGACGCUGUACCAGAAAGCCAGGAGUCGGCCGUGCGGCAAGAAGUUUUGAAGGAAAUGGAGCGUUUUGGAAAUAGCCGACUCCAAAGAGACGCUCCCCUGGACUCCCAGUGCCGGGAAGCUUGGAAGCGGGAGAGCAGGGCGGGAAAGCCGAGGGGACGCGCCGCCGGAGAGCGACCGCACAGGUGCAGCGAGUGCGGGAAAGGCUUCGCUCAGAGCUCGGUCCUCACUCAGCACCAGAGAACCCACACCGGGGAGAAACCCUACGAGUGCGAGGAGUGCGGGAGAGCCUUCAGCCAGCGCUCCGGCCUGGUCGAGCACCAGCGGAGCCACACCGGGGAGAGGCCCUACGAGUGCGAGGAGUGCGGGAGAGCCUUCAGUGCCAGCAACGGCCUCAUCAGACACAGGAGGAUCCACACGGGGGAGAAGCCCUACGGCUGUGAGGAGUGCGGGAGAGCCUUCCGCCUGAGCUCGUACCUCGUUCAGCACCAGAGGAUCCACACGGGGGAGAAGCGCUACCGCUGUGGCGAGUGCGGGAAGGCCUUCAGCCAGAACGCGGGGCUCUUCCAGCACCUCCGCGUCCACACGGGGGAGAAGCCCUUCCAGUGCGGCCAGUGCGGCAAGCGCUUUAGCCGGCGGACCCUGCUCGGCAAGCACCAGAGGAGCCACACCGGGGAGAGACCGUACACGUGUGGCGAGUGCGGGAAGGCCUUCGGCCACCACUGCAACCUCAUCAGGCAUUUUAGAAUCCAUACCAUUGCCAAACCGGACUAAUUCCCCGGGCCCCCAGACUCCUAGAUGGGGCCGUCUCGGAGAGUCGGCUUUUCACGUGGCUCUUUUGGUUUUGGCCAAAUUUACGGUGCUCCGGAACGAGUAGCUCGUCUGCAGACUCGGUGCCGGGGUCUCCUGGUGAACGGCCGUGGUUGUGGGCGGUUCCGGGCACCCCCCUUCUUCCCGAUCCUUCGGUUCCUUUCUAAUGAUUUCCCUCAAAAGAGACCGAAAUCACCUGGAGAUAAAUUGCUGCGGAGGGGCUGUUCUUGGGUGAUACUGAAUACUGAACAACUCUGAAAAACUG